GUUUAAGUAGAAAAAGAAGUACUGAGUGCAUUUUGUGUGGGAAUAUAAAUUAGAGCACCAAACUCAAUAAGCUCGUAUUAUCAUAUCAUAAAACAAACAAACAUACAUAAACACAGAUAUGGAGUCUUCAAUAAUAUCAAUAAUAUUUCACCUAUACAUACAAGUGGUGCUGGUGGUGUUGGUUUCUUCAUCCUCAUUUCAUUAUUCGUCUUUGGAGAAGACGAGACGACGAUGCCACGAUGAAGAGAAGGCCGCUUUGCUCCAAUUCAAGCACAGCUUUGCCAGCACCAACCAAUGCCAUAUUGGUGUUCAUCCAAAACCAAAACUGGAAUCAUGGAAAGAAGGGGGCGACUGCUGCUCCUGGGAGGGCGUGGAGUGUGAUGAACAAACUGAUCAUUAUCAUGUCGUCGGAUUAGACCUCAGUGGCAGUUGCCUUUAUGGUUCCAUAAACUCCAGCAAUGCACUCUUUACCCUAACCCACCUCCAGAGGUUGGACCUCUCCUACAAUGACUUCAACUAUUCUCACAUACCCUCUGCAGUCGGAAACCUCUCCCGUCUCACUCAUCUCAACCUUACCGAAACCAACUUUUCAGGCCAAAUCCCACAACAACACCUCUCCAAUAUCACAACUAUGGUUUCCCUUGAUCUGUCUUCAUAUUCCGGAUUGGAACUGCAUAGUCUGAAAGGACUAGUUCAACACAUGACCAACUUGAAGCAUCUCCAUCUAUCAUACAUCAACCUCUCUUCUUCAGGCGUACCUCACCUCCUCUCCAAUCUCUCAUCAUUAGAAUCUCUAGAUCUUUAUGACUGUGAGCUGAAUGGUGAGUUUCCCAUGGCCAUUUUCGAUCUCCCGAAGCUCAAGAUGCUUAUGCUAGCUGGCAAUGCAAACCUCAGAGGCUAUUUGCCUAACUUCCGUUCCGGGAGUCCUCUUCAGACAUUAAGUUUCUUCGGAACAAGUUUUGAGGGAGUGUUGCCUCCCUCCAUUGGGAAUCUCACAUCUUUGAAAGAACUAGACAUGGACAUUAGCAAUACAGGGGACCUGAUGUCACUCGGUAAUCUUACCCGACUGGUUUCUUUGAGCAUUUGGGGUGCUAAUCACUUCACCCCGGAUACUCUCAAUACUUCUUCAUUGUCGUGGAUUGGUAAGCUCACCAAGCUCACUGAUUUGUCCCUUCAAGGUUUGGGCUUGACGGAAAUAUAUUGGAAUGUCUUGAUCUUUCGAAUAACCGUCUCAAGGGUCAAAUUCCUCCGUGGAUUUUUGAUCUCGGUCAAAAUUCUAAAAUGGGUCUCUAUUUGAACCUCUCUUAUAACCUUUUAACUGGUUUUGAAAGGGAACAUUCUCUCUUUCAUCCUCGGGUUAAAAUAAGAGCUUUAGACUUUAGACAUAAUUUGUUACAAGGUUCUCUCCCAAUUCCACCACCUUCCACCACUUCCACAUUUUCAUCCUAUCUAAUUUCAAACAACAGUUUGUUUGGAGAACUUUCAAGUCUCAUGUGCAAUUUCAUAUUCCUUGUGCAUCUUGAUUUGGCGUUCAAUAGUUUGAGUGGAAACCUUCCUCAAUGUUUGAGUAGUUUUAGCAAUAACCUUUUAAUACUGGA